AUGUCGCAGCACCUGGAUGUGGAGAGUGCGAACACUCUUCUACAAAAGGUCCAAGAAGGACUCGUGAAGGUUGGAAACAGCGUCCAAGGGGGAGUGUCCAAGGAAGCCUUCUUGCAGGAGAUCUGGUCCUGCGUUCACUGCACCACGGACGUCAAACGAUGUCACUUGGUCUGUGAGGCCGCCACAGCCGCGUGCACUUGCUCGGAAGACCUGGCAAAUGCCGAGGUCGAGGCAGAAGCCGAGGCCGAAGCGGAAGAGGAAGAGCCGGCAGCAGAGGAGGAGGAGGCCGUCGACGAGACGCCGGCCACCGAGGAUUGCGGAUGCCCGUCAGACUUCCAGGAGACGGAUGGAUUUGUGCCUGAGACGGUGGCCUCCGACAUUCCGGAAACGUACCCGCUGCAGUACAUGAUCUGUGGUCCGAGCCUUUACCCGGAGGAUCCCGACUGCUCCUGCGGCGGCAACGACCAGGGCACGGACUGGCGCAUCAUCCCACCAAAGCCGUGCCCACAGUGCGAGGGCAAGAAGAUCUGUUUGGUGUGCAAUGGUGCCGGCCUGAAGGCCGCCAAGAAAGACUGUGAGGCAUGUUCCAAGAAGAAGGGAAAGUGCCCAACGUGUCUGGGAGAGAAGUUUAUCAAGUGCAAUGCCAAGGGCUGUGUGAAGGGCAACCUCACCCGGCCGCGGAAAUGCGAGCUCUGUGGUGGCCGAGGGCAGAUGAUGGUCUGGGACGGCAAGAUGGCUUUCUUCUUCAACCAGAACCCAGUCUGGACUGAGAGGAUCAAGUUUCGUGGCUUGACAGUCGAGCCCAAGGUUUGGGGCCCCAUCGCGGGAAAGUGUGAGUCGGAUCAUGGCUGCUUCUAUGGCCUCAAGAGCUCCUUCAAAGGGGAGUAUAAGGCAGAUCCGACUGGCCAGUAUCCUUUGGGCAUCAUGGAGGUGGUCGUCGAUACGGGGAAGAAAUGCGGCAACGGCACCCGCUACGUGAAGUUCCUUGGGAAGCUGAAGAAGUCAGGAAAAGACACUCUGAAGUGGUGCAAGGACGGCUCGCUCUACGGCGAUGACGAGCGCACAGGCUACUUCAGGGGCGGCUGGAUCGAGCUUUUCCAAACCUGGGCUCCUUGCGAGAUUUGCGGAACCAGCAAGACGCCCGGCUACGUGGGCACCGAGGAGGUCGACUGCCCUGACUGCGAAGGCGGCAAGAAGCCCUGCCCCAAGUGCAAGAAGCUGCCAGGAGCGCUGGCGGCGUAUUUGGAAGGAUGA